UAGUCUUGAUUGUCGAGGGCCUAUGUUUGUCGUUGAACUAGUUGUACUAUCCUCCCCAAACCCCAUUUGUGGAAUUUCACCGGGCAUGUUGUUUUUGUCGUCGUUAUAAAUGUUCAUCAAAAGAGUGGAACAUGCAUCGAUGUUUUUCUCAGAUGUGUUUAUCGCGUGCUGUAUAUUUUCCACCGUUGAGCCCAGAACUGUGCCCAAAAGUGGUCUCUAUAUAUAGGAAAAUGCAUUUUGAUAAUAAAGAAGUAUGAGACAAGUAUUUUUUUUCCACAGUAAGCAAUAAACUCAUUUUUCUCAUUUUGUUCCAAUGGCUACUACCAACUCAUCAGACAAUGAAGUGAUUGUGGCCAUAGUGCCAUUUCCUGAUUACAGUCAUGUGAAUCAGCUCUUCAUUCUUGCUCGCUUCAUCGCUUCCCGUAAUAUACCAGUACACUUCCUCUCCCUUGCUGAUCAGAACCAAGAUUUGAAACUCCAGGUCCAAGGUUGUCUCGGGGCCUCAAACAUCCAUUUCGAAGACCUCAUGAGACCUUCUCCGACGGAGAAAGAUGAUGCAGGCUGUGAUCCGAUUCUAAUGUUCCUGAAAAAACUCAGGGAGCCCAUUCAUAAAACAUGUGCUCAACUCUCAACCAAAGCAAAGAGAUUAAUCCUAAUUCAUGAAUUUCUAAUGACCGAACAGAUUUGGAAUGUCCAUACAUUCCCGAAUGUCAAGUCUUAUAUCUUCCACGCUGGGUCGGCUUUUAACAGAUAUUAUUACCUCCAACAAAGUAUUCCUGAUAUAGUUGAUGAUGAUCAUGAGAAACUGGUCGAGCAAAUGCACGAUGAGUUUCAGUUGUUGGAGCCGUGUGUGAAACUGAUGGUUAGAGUGGAGCAUGAGUUGACGUUCCACUCAGGAGAAAUCAUAAACUCGUGUAAAGAAGUGGAAGGUAAAUACAUAAAUUUACUAGCCAAUGCAAAAGACAAGCCGUUAUGGGCUUUUGGUCCAUUUCGUAUGUUGCUAGAAUCGCAUGAAUCUAACUCUUCUUUGUCUAGCAACAUGAUUCGUAAUGAAUGCCUUGAAUUUCUCGACAAGCAAGAUGUUAACUCAGUAAUAUUCAUCUCGUUUGGAUCGACCACUACAUUAUCACAAGAGCAGAUGAAUGAGCUGGCUCUGGGUUUAGAACAAAGCAACCAUAGAUUUAUUUGGGUACUAAGAAAAGGAGAAGUUAUGGGAAAUCUUACAGACAAAGUCGGAAAGAUUGAGUUACCAGAAGGGUUUGAGGAGAGAGUGGUAGGAAAAGGAAUGGUGGUAAAUUGGGCACCACAGUUGGAAAUCUUGAGGCAUUCAUCUACUGGUGGUUUUUUGAGUCAUUGUGGGUGGAAUUCAUGUAUCGAGAGCAUCAGCAUGGGAGUGCCUCUAGCAACUUGGCCAGUCAGUUACGAUCAGCCAUCUAACGCUAUAUAUAUAACGAAUGUGCUGAAGAUUGGAAUAUCUGUCAGGAGUUGGGCUCACCGUGAGGAAUUGGUAACAGCAACAACCAUUGAGAAAGCUGUGAAGACGUUGAUGGGCACGACAGAAGGGGAAGAGAUGCGGCAAUGGGCAGUGGAGUUGAGCAAAAAGAUCAAGAGCGCUGUUAGCCAUGGAGGACCUGCACUCAUGGAAAUGGAAUCUUUCAUUUCAAAUAUUAUCAAAUAACUUCCUGUUUGUGUUUGUGUGUGGGGGGUUCUCUUUUAUAAUAUUGUAUCCUAAAAAUCAGUGAAGGUAGGUUGUUGUCUCUAAGUUCUAUUAUCCUCCCUUGGAAUAAACUUGAUGGCCAAAGCCAGAAGUCUUAUAUGGCUAAUAAGCGUGUAUCAGAUAUGUUGACAUUUGAGAAUUUCUAGUAGCUCUUUACUUCUCAUAAUCUUCAUAUCCAAAUUGAAGAGUGUUUUAAGAACAUUGUCUACCAUUUG